AUGAGAAAUGGUACAGUUACAACAUUUAUUCUUCUGGGACUGACAGAUGACCCUCACCUUCAGGUUCUGAUUUUUAUCUUUCUAUUUCUGACCUACAUGUUGAGUAUAACUGGGAACCUGACUAUCAUCACACUCACCUUUGUGGAUGCCCGCCUUAAAACACCCAUGUACUUCUUCUUAAAAAAUUUCUCCUUCCUAGAAAUCUCAUUCACAUCUGCUUGUAUUCCUAGAUACUUGUAUAACAUAGCAACAGGUGACAAGGUCAUUACCUAUAAUGAUUGUGUCAUCCAAGUGUUUUUUACUGACCUCUGUGGAGUAACAGAAUUUUUUCUUCUAGCCACCAUGUCCUAUGACCGCUAUGUGGCCAUCUGCAAACCCCUACAUUAUGUGACUAUCAUGAGUAGUAAAGUCUGCAGGAUUCUUAUAAUAUGUUGCUGGACAGCUGGCUUAUGCAUAAUAAUCCCACCACUUAGCCUGGGUUUAAAUCUAAAAUUCUGUGACUCUAACAUGAUUGAACAUUUUGGCUGUGAUGCAUUUCCCCUGGUGAAAAUCUCAUGCUCAGACACAUGGUUCAUGGAACAGACAGUUGUUAUUUGUGCUGUGCUGACCCUGAAUAUGACUCUUAUUUGUGUAGUUCUGUCAUAUGCUUACAUCAUCAAAACAAUUCUUAGGUUCCCCUCUGUCCAGCAAAGGAAAAAGGCCUUUUCCACCUGUUCUUCCCACAUGAUUGUGGUUUCCAUCACAUAUGGCACAUGCAUUUUCAUCUAUAUGAAUCCUACAGCAAAGGAAGAAGUGACAGUUAAUAAGGUAGUUUCACUGCUCAUCUCUUCUAUUUCACCUACAUUGAACCCAUUUAUUUAUACACUGAGAAACAAUCAAGCUAAGAAAGCCUUCAAGGAGUCAAUCAAAAGAAUUGCAUUGCUCUCAACUAAGUAA